ACGACCCGACACCGACCGACAAACUUCCUUACUCGUACGGCGCAUCUCAGCCAGUCACGUCAACUGACUCUCGUAUCAAUCGGUCCUGCCCACCCUUCUCUCUCAGUUUUGAUUUCGCAUGCUUUGUGUGUCUCUCACUCGACUAAGUUUGUAGGUCUCUCUCUCUCUCUCUCUGUCUCUGGUGGGUAGCUAGGGCUCUUCUUUGAUAGGUGUGCCCCGCGAGAACUCCGACCGGCGGCCUUUGAGGCUCAUCUGGCUGCCACGCCGGCCGGGAUGGCUGCCAUACCACACACCAAAGAUCAAACAACACAUCAUGGCACAGACGACAAUCUCGGCUUUUUCUUCGAGGUCGCGUGCUUGCGUACCUCUCCACUUCGUCGACGUAUUGGAAAUCGAUUGCGGCGAGGGGCACCCAGGAGGGCUCCCAUUCAACGGGGUCGGCGCCCUGGGGGAUGGCCCACUUGAGCAGCGCGUCACCCGUGACGUACCUGAGAUCUACCACUUCGGCACGGCACCAACCGUACUCAUCGUACCACACCUGAUGUACCAAGAAAGGAAACCCGAUGGUGUCUCGUGUCUCGUUCCGACGAGGGAGGCAUCGACCUGUAUCUUUCGUCCGGGUGCGAUCUCGGCCCACUCUCCCUGGGUGACGGCAAGGGAGCUGCGGAGCUUGGCUGCCACCUGCUCGAUGGUCUCGACCUGCUGGUCGGCGAUCUCGGUCUCGAUGGGAGGCGGCACCUGUCAUUCAGGCAGGGAUGACACGCGUUCGGGCAGAGGCGAAGGUGAGUCUCUGCGUGUGCAAGUGCCUUGAUGAUGGUGCUGCCGGUCAUUCGGAUGAGGUGAAAGAUGAGACACACGACCGACAGCGUGGCAUACGCCGCCGCAAACCUCCACUUGUAAAACUCCGUCAGCCCCUGUAUGAAAGGACACGCCCACACACAGAAAUAGGCAUAUCAACGAAGCCCCCCCCUCUCUCCUAUGUGUGUUGAUAUACUUCAGGGUAUGGGUACUGGAGGUCGGUCCAUCCAAAGAUGCCUGUUUGUGACUGGUGGAUCAUGCCAAGUCCGGCCAGGAGGGUGCCCACGAGGCCCCAGGCGGCGGCGAGCAGCAACUUGCGGUCGAUGAGGUACACCAUGAUGGCCGUCCAUAUCACCGACGAGAAGAUCGAACCGAGACCGAAACCGCCGAGACCGAACCGAGAGGGGUCACUCUCCUGCACACACACAAAGAACGAAAGAAGUUACGGAUUGCGGUGUGGCUCCCUCUCCCUUGUAGGUCGUGCGUGUGCUGUGUGGACAGGUACAGAGAAGCUGCCGCCGGUGCCUGCGGCGAAUUUCCAUCCCCAGUCGGCCAGCACGGGCAUCAGACCCACAGCAAAGGCCGGGAAGUGACGCACGGCCAAACCCUGCACACACACAAGCACGCCACAAAUACCAUACAGCAACUCACGUGUCUCCCUCCCCAUCACCCCGCACACCCACCCCCGCGGCGUCCAUGAAGAUCAUGAGUCCCACGAAGAUGAUCAUGGGCGCGACGGCCCCCUCGGGCACCAGCUUGAGGAUGGCGCCAAACACGCCGAAGAGCGACAGGGCGCUGAAUACCACCGCCACCAUGCCGGCGUAGUAGAUGGACGCACCUGUGUCGUAUGUAUGCGUCGGCAGUGAGUAUAUCAUUUUACAUUAAUUCUUCAGUGCAAAGUGCAAGUCUGUCUGUCUCCUGUUGGUUCAUCCAUCCCUCACGCACCCAUGCGUUUGUACGCCGGCUGACCGAUGUACACACCGACCGCCAAAGGGUUGCCCAAGAAAACUGCACACCACCCACGGAGACAAUCCAGAUGAUCAGCCAGCGAGCGGUCGACUGGGCACAUCAAAUGCCUGUGAUGAGGUUGAGGGCCCCGUCGAAGAGGAGGCAGGUGCGCAUGGGGUAGCGGUCUCCGGUGCGGCUGGCGGAGUAGACGUUGAGGAUGGUGCCCAUCGAGUUGGUGACUGCACGCACGUGCCACAGACAGAUGGAUGAGCGCAGGCAUAGAGGUUCGGUCGGUCCUUGUUCCCUUCCCACUCACAGGCGAUAGGAAUGAUGGUGCCGAGAUACCUGACGGAUGGAUGGAUAGAGACACGUGACACAAUGAAUGCAUUCAGGCACGUGCAAGAUAGCUGGGUGGCUAUCCGCCGGUUUGGCUCACUCACUUCUGCAGCUCGACGAAUCCUGACAUGUCCAGGCCAACACCCUCAGCAGACCAGCCUACAAGAAUCAACCACACACAUGCAGGGGAUUGGUCGCCCAUUUCCUGCCACACCACACCCACCGAUUCCGAGUCCCCAGAAGGUUAUUUUGGUGGCGGCGCCCGAGAGGUCCUUCAUGGAGACGAACCCCUGUAUGGCGCCGCCCACGGUGCCGAAUACCAGCACACACACCGCCACGGGGAUGUACCAGAACUCGACCUCCGACAAGUAAGUGAUGCCACACAGAGACACAGAGACAUCCAGCCAUUGCAGGCCGGAAACCCGUGCAGAGGGGGAGGGGAGAAUGGAGAGAGAGGAAAGACAUGCCUUCACUCGUCCAGUCCCUGUCUCACCCGAUGAGGGCCAGGACGAGUGGGAGGAAGCCAAUGAGCGGCGCCAUGAAGAUCUUGCCGAACCACUCCACGCCCAGCCACGUCAGACCGAUGGCCGCAAGGGGCGUCAUCAGACCAGCGGGGGGCACCACCUUCUCCACGUAGUUGCCCACCAGCGCCACACACAUGGAUAUCACGCCUCCUAGAAUGUUCCUGCACAAAACACAGGCCAGGGGCACAAAGAGGCAGCAAGGGAGACAGAAUGCACGAGCUCCUAGUAGGGGCACUGACUCACGCACCCGAGCACUGCGAUUUUCCAUGCCUCCUCGACCACUUUGUUGACGCUGGCGUACUUGACGGUGCUCUCUCCCUUGCCGGCAAUGAAAGCCAUGCCCUCCCCCAUGAUGGGCGCCAUGAUGCUGAAGAUGAAGGCGAACCCCGCCGGAGACGAAAUGCCGAACGGCAUUGCACAGACGUCUCUGCGCCCCUCCCGCUUCAUGAGCCAAGCGCCCAGCCACGCGUAGAACAUGUUGCUGAAGAGAAGGCCGACCCCUGCAGCUGGCAGCACUCGGCCGAGGAUGAUUUUGUCGCAGAGCGGCUCCAGUGUGUCGUUUGCCUGCAGGACGUUGCGCAUGGCAACCAUGAGAGCGAGGGCGGUGCAUGUGUUGUCCAUGAGCAGCUGGAAGAAGGCGUUGAGCUCGGCAGCCCAGUUGGUCUUGUCGUCUUUGCCGCUCAUGGUGGAUCAAGUCUGUCGGAGGCUUCCUUCUCUUAGUCAGAGCAACUCAAUGUAGGGCUGCCUUGGGGAUGACGACCAGGCGUGGAC